CCACGGUGAGUCACGUGCUCAUUUCCCAAGCGGAGUUUCCACGACAGCUGGAAGCCGAGCGGCACGGACGCAUCGUUUCAUUGGUAAAAUAAUUUGAAAUAACAACACUCCUGCUCGUCUCAGCUCCUCUACGGUAACCCUGGUCUGGCAUGGGCGACAAGAGGAGCCCCACAAGGCCGAAGCGUCAACCGAAGCCCUCCUCCGACGAGGGGUUUUGGGACUGCAGCGUGUGCACGUACAAGAACACGGCGGAGGCUUUUAAGUGCAUGAUGUGUGAUGUCAGGAAGGGGACAUCAACAAGGAAGCCUCGACCCGUCUCGCAGCUCGUCUCCCAGCAGCAGGUAACUCAGCAGUUUGUGCUCCCGUCGCAGCCCAAGAAAGAGAAGAAGGAAAGAGUCGAGAGGGACAAGAGCGACCGGGAGCCCGCGCUCAAGAAGAACGGCCACAAGAAGAUGAGGCCGAGGUUAAAAAACAUCGACCGGAGCAGCGCGCAGCACCUGGAGGUGACGGUCGGCGACCUGACGGUCAUCAUAACGGACUUUAAGGAGAAGGCCAAGCCCGCCUCCACCUCCACCACCUCCUCCAGCUCCGCCUCCUCAGCCGACCACCACAGCCAGAACGGCUCCAGCUCAGAGAACACGGAGCGGGGCCUGUCGCGCUCCUCCUCCCCGCGGGGGGAGGGGGGCUCCAUCAACGGGGAGUCCCACUGAGCCGGCCCACGUCCACCACAGCGGGUCCACAGGUGCAGCGUCCGGCCUUUUAUCCCGCACAGACCCACCGCUUCCCUUUGUUUUCCCCGGAGGAAUUUGUUUUAAAAGAGAUUCUCUGCAUCAGAAAUCCUGCACUUUGAAAGCAAUACGAACCCCUUUUUUGUUAGAUUUCAAGUCCAUGCUUUGAUUUGGCCGGAGGGGGACCCACGCACUGACCCAACCCGCUGCUAGGAGACGCUUUGAUCCCGAUCAGGAACUUCUCUGGAACUGACCUGAGAAACGCGCUGAAUAAACUUGUGGAAAAAAGUCCGGGCAGAGAUAAUGGAUCCUUUGUCUUAGUUCCUCCUGGUCAUUGUGUUCAUGCAAAGAAACGUGCGGCCCCGCUUUGCUCCUGUGCGGCCGGCAGAUGUGGUGACCUGUCCCCCCCCCCUUCCUCCCCAUGUGGUGCUUUCUUCCUCUGACUGGAAUCUUUACUGAGCGAUAGAAGCCGGACCCUCCCCCGGACUGACAAAGCUUCUCCUCCUGGACAGCCUUUGCUGGAGAAGGACAGCAGAGAGCCGGUGCUCCGGGCAGCAUGUGCUGUAUUUCCGUAACAGUAGACGCAGCUUUGAUGGUAGAAGUACGAUUGUUGUCGGUGUCCUUU